UAAAAGUGUUGUCAAAAAUAUAUGAAACUUGACCGAAAUGGCAUCCGAAACUGCGAAAAGAAUAUUAAAAGAAGUUAAACCAAUUCUAUCAUUAGACCGUUUUGAAGCUAAAAGGCGCGUCAUAAAACUCUACAAGGCCUGGUUUAGGCAAAUUCCUUACAUAAUAAAACACUUUGACAUUGAGUACAAUGAAGAACGGUGCCAAGCCAAACUGAGGGAAGAAUUUACGAAAUAUGACACGAUUAAGGACAUUAGAGUUAUAGAUAUGUUGGUGAUUAAAGGUCAAAUGGAACUAAACGAAGCAAGUCAAAAAUGGACAACCAGGCGCGGAGUAGUAAAAUAUUUCGAUGGAGGCGGACAUAUUGAUCCAAAGCCUGAUUGUUUUAUGGCCAAAUUUUUGAGUGGAAAAGAUUAGAAAGCGCCUCUCAUCAUGAGUCUCAAAAGAGAACAACUCAAAUAUGUAUUCUAUCAAUCAUCAAAUAUUAUAUUUCCAAAGUACCCAAUCUGAUACUGGAGUUCUUUUUGAAAUAAAGUAGUUUCUUGUGCA